AACAAAGACAUAAUCAAGCCCAAUUAAGACAAAAUUGUGUAUAUUAAGGCAGUGGUGCUCAAACUGUGGUACGCGAGCGCUCUCUAGUGGUACGCAGGGAAAAUUCAUUUUUUUUACAUUUACAUUUUCAGUUGACUAAAUCUGAAAAAUACCAUGCACAAUUAGUAUAACAUUUAAACAUCAACAUCUCUCUAAACAUCUUUCUAAACAUUUAUAAACCUCUCUCCUGUGUUGGAAGCUAAUAGGGAAGGCCUUUGCUGCUAUGUUCUAAUGUUCAGUGAGCUCAACUUUUUCUCAGGUGGUACAGAGUAGAAAAAGUUGGAGAACCACUGAAUUAAGGAAAUCUUUGAGAUGAAAAUUAAUUUAAAAUGUUAUCAAACAUUUACAAAACAUUUUACUUAUGAAAAAAAAGUGGCUGAAAACGCAGGUUUGUGUCAAAUAUCCCUCUUCUGACACUUUUCUGUGUUUUGUUCUUUCUUUCUAUUUCUGUUGUAUUUAUUACCAGUUAAACUGCCACUUCACACAAGGAGCUGUUUGAAUAAAUGAAUAAAUGAUUCAGUUUAGUAGCCAGUCAGUGUGUGUGCACAGCUUGAACAAUGCACCAAAACACACAUGAUGGUUUUUAUAGGUCUGAAUUUGAUUUCUGUCAGAAAAGAAAAGACAAAGCUUCCUCUUUUGAGCAAUUGAGCAACUUUUUUAAAGGGCAAAUCAUUGAAAUCCACGUCACAGACAGGCAGAUUAGUAACAGAGUAAUGGCACGUGUGGAUCCCUGCCUCCCUGUGCUCCUCUUCCCUCCGUGUUGACGGCGUGUUGUUGUUGUUGCAGAGCUGAGCAGAGAGUGGGGCUGGUCUGUGCAGCCUGCAGAGGUCAUUCUCACUACACUUGCCACUUGUUGCAAAAGGCUGCUCUCAGUCUCUUUCAUUCAACACCAUCCAAAAGAAUCCAGCAGCAGCAGCAGCAGCAGCAGCAGACAACCAUCCACACUUGAUGUGUUCAUGCUGGAUGCAGGACUGAAGGGAAGAGAGACUCGUGAGGAACGUUUCCACAGAAGCAUGGUUGAUAACACAAGUAUAGCAACUAAAUCUACUUUGGCUGCCUCCUCCCACAGCGCCUUCCCGGGCUCCCUGUCCCAACAGGCCAGCGGCGGCAUGAAGCUAGAGGCGGUCAUGGAGAACCUGCAGCGGCAGCAGGCGGCGCGGCUGGCGCUGGAGGAGAAGCUCCGACAGGCGGAGAAGGAGAGAGACCUCCGGCCCCUGAUGGAGUCCCAUAUACACCAACAAGCGCUGGCUUUCCGCCACUAUCAGGCGGCGAUGCGAAGCGCCCUGGCCAUCGGAGUUCCUCACGCGUCACCCGCCGCCGCGACGCUCCCACACACAGAGGUCCGCCGGGGGGUCGAGAAGGACGCUGACUCUCUUCGACCGGGCAGCGACAUGGAGAAGACCGAGGAAGGAGGGGAUGCGGAGGAGCAGGAGCUCAUGGAUGAAGAGGAGGAGGAGGAGCAGGAGGAGGACAUCGGCUUAAACCACUUCCAGCACCGGCAUGCUGCGCUGCAGGGAGCGGGUCUUUCUCCCAAGAGCGCCCCGGUGCAUCUCAUAGCCAGACACCCAGCGGCCUUUGCCCCGGCCCGGCGCCCUGACUCCCCUCUGCAGUCCCAGUCCCAGUCCCAGUCCCAGUCCCAGUCGCAGUCCCAGCCCCAUGAGUGGACCUACGAGGAGCAGUUCAAACAGUUAUACGAGUUGGACGAGGAUGAGAAGCGCAAAGAGUUUCUAGACGACCUAUUCAGCUUCAUGCAGAAACGAGGGACUCCAGUGAAUCGGAUUCCUAUCAUGGCCAAGCAGGUGUUGGAUCUCUACAUGCUCUACAAGCUCGUCACAGAAAAGGGCGGCUUAGUGGAAGUCAUCAAUAAGAAAAUAUGGCGUGAGAUCACCAAAGGCCUUAACCUCCCUACCUCCAUUACUAGUGCAGCUUUCACUCUCCGAACACAGUAUAUGAAGUACCUCUACCCCUACGAAUGUGCAAAGCGGGGACUCAGCUCCCCCGGUGAGCUUCAGGCAGCUAUUGACAGCAACCGGCGGGAAGGCCGUCGGCAGAGCUACGGCUCAGCCAUCUUCAACUACUCUCCCGUGGGCACCCCGAGCCUCCUGUCCUCACCAAAAAUACAGAUGUCCCACCUUCCCACUCUCACGCACAACAGCGCCCACAUUGCCCAGGUGCCUGUCAUCAAAAAAGAGAUCGCAGCUUCUUAUUUUCAGAAAUUGUUGCACGAUUACAAGCAGCCUAAGCAGAAGUCGGCAGCAGCCGCCAUGCAGGCAGCGGCUCUGGAGCAGCUGCGGGAGAAACUGGAAAGCGGUGAACCGCCUGAGAAGAAGAUGAUGAUGGUGGCAGAGGAGCAGCAGAGGAUCAUGCAGCACGCGCUGCAACAGAACCUGUUGGCCAUGGCCACCCAGCUGCCCCUGAAUAUCAAAAUCAACAACAGAGAUGAUAGACAAGAGACCGCAUUGAACCUGUCUACCAACGGCAUUAGCAGCAUCAACAUGUCAAUAGAAAUAAAUGGAGUUGUCUACACAGGCGUCCUCUUUGCCCGACAGUCACCCAUAGCAGCAAUGGGCCACCGUGGGAAACACAACAACUGUCAGACUCAGGGAAAGACCAGUCCCAUCCAGUUCCAGCCCUCCUGCUCCUCUUCCUCCUCCUCCUCUUCUUCCCUCCAUGGACACAGAAACACCUCCCCCUGAGCACGUUCUGGCCCUCUUCACUUCCUCCUCCUCUUCCUUCUACUACUCUUCUCACAUCACCACCGAGGAGAGCCACCAUCCUCCUGACCACAUCAAGCUCUCAUCCACUAGCUGUCCAAAGUGGAUUUGUUUCCACUUGGUUUUCAAAUUUCCUUUAGAUACCAAAAAAAUGAAAAGCAGAAAAACCUUUACAGACAUAUUUUGGAAAAGGCUUUCCUUCUCAUCAUAACUCCAACGACUCAGUGUCAGUAGUGUCUGUAUCCACGACAAUUAACUGUAUGAGUGUGUGUGUGUGUUGCAAACUUUUUGAUUGAACAGCUUGAAGCACAGAGCACCAUCAAAAUAAGGCAUGAAUAAGGUUUGUGGCUUAGUUGUUUGUGGUUUGUUUGGUUGUUCAUUUGUAGGCAUUUUUAACAAACCUCGGAUCUUCAGCUCCAGUGUCCUGACCUGGUCGUUACAGCGUGCGUGAAGACAGGCAAAGUGCAUCUGAGGAGGAUAUGAUCAAAUAUUCCUCAUAGAAUGACUGUCCAGUGUGUGUGGUUUAUGGUAGCAUAUCAAUAUAACAGUCAACAAAAAAGCUCAAAAAAUGUGUGUAUCCACCAACAAGCGACUCCCACGUGACCAUUUCUUUCAGUUAUGUAGAACUAGCCUUCUCUUUGACCGGAGAUCAAUGCCUGGGAAUAUGUUUUCAGGAGGUAAAGUUCCUUUAGAUGAGUAAACACUAAAAACCCAGAGGUAAAAAAACAACAGAAUGACGAUUGACGAAGUUAAAUCGUAAUCCGUUCCAAAUUGAAGAAGGUUCCGCAACUCUUCCAAACUUAAGGGAAGCUAAACUUACGUUUAGGAUAGGCGGACUUAAAAUGUGUGGUCAUGACUCCAACUAGGACUUCAACCAUCAAUGAAUAAUUACAAAUGUAGUUGGUUUCACAACAAACAUCAAAACAAUGACAAUGACACAUUUUUUUCACCUUAGAGCCAUCUACCCUUCAAGACAUAAACUAUAACUCAGCCUUAAAGCCAAACAAGACAAGUUGGAUCAACAUAAGGGCAAUAGAUGUGUUGGACCACCUGACCCUGCAUGUUUUGUGAGCUUGGUGAAAGUAAGCCCAUCACUGUUCAUAUUCAGAAGUUCAUCAGAAGCCUUAGCUUGUGUGAUCAUCCACAACUACUGAGCAUAUUUUAAUGUCCGUUCACUCUGUCCACGAAGUAGCUGCAAUUUGCCACAUCCAAUAUGGCUGCUUUAAUCAUUUCAAAUAAGCCUUUAUUACUAAACUCCCUUUCUUACUCACAAGGCAAAUCCAUAAAGCUCUUGAGAAAACAGCACAGCUUAAUUUGCAAGAUGAACGCAAACUGUAUCCAGACAAAUUCUCCCAGAAAGCGAUCAGCUUUGUUCCUGUCCAGGUCUUUCUUAAUGGGUUAGGGUAAACAUUACAGGACAUGUCGUUGCCCCAUUGUUGUGGUUGUGGUCAGAAAUUCUUACAAAUCUUGGCUGCUGCAGAAGGUGGCUGUGUCUUGGUGCCAUCGCUGAUUUUUAAUUCACAUUGUAAAACGGAAGCACAAAAGGGGAAGGAAGAGAGUAAACUAAAGUUCUCACGUGAAGCAGAUGCACAGCACAGUGAGAUUGCACAGGUGAUUUCUGCAACUCAUUGGGAGGAAAGUCAUUUUAAUGGAGUUUAGUGUCAGAAGUCAGUUGGAAAAAAGUGAGUUCAACAUUUAAGGCCGAGUCAAAGUCACUGAACAGAGUCCGAGUCACCUUUAGUCCUCAGAGGUGUGGGGCUGAGGGCUGUUUUAACUGGAGGGCCCGAAGCAAAGUCAUUGGGUUAGUUGGGGGUUUAAUAUACUUUAACUAGAAGGAAAUGUAGUGAAUCACACAUCUGUGCAGUGAGACACAGUCGUUUGUUUGUUUAUUUAGAACAAACAUUUUUGUACAUUUGAAUGCAACAAACUCUUUAAAAGACACAAGAGACCUUGUCAAUCAGUAGAUACUAGCUGUGGUACUUGGGCUGUACUGUCCCUCAUCCACCUGAUCUUUCAGGAUGGGUGAGUUCCAGUUGCUGACUGGAGUGACAAGAAAAGAAAAAAAAAAGUACACGUUGAGUAGAAUCUGAGUUUUCCUUUACUUUAUUGAUGCACUUGUGUCUACUGUCAGAGAGUGUCUCUCUCUUUCUCUCUUCUCUCUCUCUCUCUCUCUCUCUCUCUCUUGCUCUUUCUCUCCUUUCAUAAAUAUAUAUAAAAGAUUUAUUGUGAAGGGAAAUGGUUAUUGGUUUAUAGAUAUGUGGGUUUUUAUUAAGUCUGCAAGAGCAUUUUAAUCAUUUAAGUGCAGAUUUUUAUUUAUUAUGUUUUAUAAAGCAUCCUGCUAACGUUGCAUUGGCGCCACCACUUUGUUUUGCGAGUCUUCUUGAAUGCAGAUACCUCACAAGUCUACCUGUACAUAGUCAUAGUAAAGUAUAACGACAUGAAAUACCUCAUAAAUUCCAUUUAUUUUUAUUGUACAGCCACUUGAAACCAAUGUUUCAUCCGAUCACUGGAGUGUUUUUUUUUUCUUUGCUUAUCGUUGUUUGUGUGAGUAUACCAAAGAAGGGAAUAUUUUAUUGACACACAUCUACCUCAUUUGUUAUAGACUGUGCCAACAAAUGUGUCCACAAUCUUAAUUGCAAGUGAAUUCAUGGUGCUUCAUAUCCAUGUCUGUGAGAAUACAAACGCCUGUCGGUUAAAUAUGGAAACACAAGCAGAGAACUGUCCCAGAAAAUGAAGUAUCCUGUUGAAAAAAAUGCUACUUUUAUGUUGGGUGUUGUGCCGGCGCAACAGAAACAGCCUUUGAGUGGGACACAGGAAUGACGAGAGAAAAAAGAAGCUGCGCAAAAACAUGAGCACGGGGAGGAACGACAACGUCACGUGUUGACUGUGAUCUGAUCCAAUGGUUAUUGCCAAAACGUGCACCUGCACAAAAUGGUCAUCAAUGACAUCAUCACAUGAUCCCACUACGGUAGCUGUCCUCCUCUCUGUGUCCGUUGGUUCAUGCAGACCCUCCACUCAAUUUGGAAUUGUGUGUGACUAUGGAUGAAGGUGUAACACAAUCGUGCAGCAGGGGACAAUCGUCCACCUCGAUCAAAAGUCAGUUGUUAGUGAAGCUGCUGAAGGCGGCCGGUCUUUCUGAUCCUCACUUUGACUUGAAGUGUGUUUGCAACAAUCGAAAAAUGUUUUUGAUUCACAGGUAGAUGAAGCAAAGGUUCAGCUGAAACUUUAUUUAAAAAAGAAAAUCCUGUUGUGUUUGAUCCAUAGAUGGUAGAACACUGGAACCACCUUGACAAAAAUAAACAAAAUGGCUGGAUUUUGGAUAAACCUACCGAAUCUGGACAAUCUGGAAUGUUAUCUUGUCCACCGUAAUGUCUCUCAUGUCCUGACAGAGCUCAGGUGCCCUGAUUAUUUAUCGAUUAUCACGUGUUUCUAAUCUUAACUUAAAAGAAGUAGCUGAAACCAAAGCUGAAAAAAUAUAUAGAAUUGAAAAUCUAACUUUUUAGAUGUUUAUCAGUAUAAGUUAGCUCUAAAGCCAUGGUUACACCACAAAGUACCAGGAACUGUUAGUGCCAGGACAAAUUUUUGAGGAACCAAACGGUCACUUACAACAACAGUAUUUUCUCCAAAAAUGAGAAUCGGGAGAAAUUCAUUCAAAAACAGCUUACAGAAAAUGCCUUGGUUCAAAAGUCAUCUUUGGAGGGGAGAACCAAGCCUUAUGAAAAUUAUUUUUCUCCGUGAUUGUGGCAGGCUUUCUGAAUAAUCAGGGAAAAGCUGCCUGUGCUUUCCAAUAGUCCCAGCUCUGGAAAGUUCUUCAACUUAGUUCUAACCCAUUUUCCUCCUUCCUCCCUGAACUCUGUUGAUGCUGGAACCACAAGUUCCUAGUACUCUUCCUAGUACUCCGUGGUACACACAUGGCUUUGAGUCCUCUGCAAAUAUGUACAAGGCUGAAUCUAAAGAGUUUUCUUUGUUUGAACGUUUUUUUCUGUUUCUUUGAUUGACAUUUGACAUGACAAUGUUAUUACAAAACUACAUUUAUACCUAAAAAAAACAUUUAAUUUAGUGUCACCAGGGAGCAAAGAAAAGCAAUUUUCACACUUUUAUGUGUUGAGGUGGACAAACCUGUUUCUAACUCAAACAGAUCUUCAUUUCCUUUUCCUGAUGAUGUAUUUUCUUCUCUAAAUCUUGCUACAGAGAUUACCUGCCACCAUGGUGACGAAUUGUCUUGCUUCCUGUUCGGAGGAAGAUCAAAUGAAACAAUGACUAAAUGAUUGAAAAUGUGCAAAAGUCAGCUGUGUAGGAUUGUCAUGGGUCUGGUCCUGGACUUCUAGGAAUUUUUUUAUUCCUAACUUCCAUGAUCCAACUUCGGCUCAAGCGUUGGUUCUGUCCCCUUUAGUGCAGUGCUGGAGCAGCGUACUCUCACCCUGUACAUACUGCUGAACAAAGCCAAACACUUCAGAUGACGUAACUGUGAGCCUGCAGCAGCAUGGAAUCACAUUGUUUUUACCAAAGAGAUUUUUUUUUUCAAGCUGUGACUGCACUCGCUUACAUUUUUUAUGGUCCCACCUUGAGCAGAGCAAAUGAGUGUGUGACAGCUCUGCAUGCAAAACAAAUAUAUGAAUUUAUUAUGUAACCAAAUAACCUUGUUUACUUUGUAUUUUAUCUAUGCUAUGCUGGUAGUUUUUAGGCACUAACCGCUUACUUAGCUGUGUAUGACGCUUUCAGUGUUUCUUUUAUGUCCCUUUUUUUGUCCAACUUGGAUGAAUCCAGUGCAUUAUGGGAAUGCUGGAUUGUGGUGCUCAGGGGUUCAAAAUAUAUUAAAAAAAAGAGGUGAAAGCGAUUUUCCUGUUUUGCCAUUUGACUUGUAGUGUAUUUAGAAAUAAAAUCAUUCUUUUAAACGUCACUCAAUGACUGGUUUGUUGAUUUGUUCUCAGAGAUUCUUGUAUUUGACCCACAUUAUUGAUACAAAUUGAUAUAGA